UACCAGGAUUUACGGUCUGGACAUGGCACUAGGAGAAGGCCCUUACUACCCCCAAGCAUGAUAUAUGCCGAUAUCCCCGAAUUCAGCAACCCCUACCUCUCUACAUCUAUGGGAACGUCAUAAGCUAUUCUAUACGUUUCGUACCUUUCUGGUGGAUGUAUUUAUAUAGCUUUGUUUGCUUCCUCCCUUAUUGCUCCACCAUUCGGUCUACGUGGGCAACCAAUACUGUUGCUUUGCCCUAAAUUUUCACUUUCAGAAAUCUUUUGCUAUCUAUAUUUACACACACUCGUUUUUUGAAAUUAAAAUUGAACGCAGACCUCCUUUCCACAAAUUUCGCUGCUUGCCCACAGGAGCAUUCAAAUUUGAAGGAAUGGAAUGUUGAGAAAAGGCGAAAAUUGUUUUGGUAUAUCUCACAUUCGUUCCUCAAGCUUCGCUCGUUUAUUUGUCAAUCGCUUGGAGGCACUUUGUAGCCUGAGUAAUAUUUCGUCGAGGGUUUGCGGGACAUCCUUGAAUCAUAUUUUCGAACCGGACAACAUUCACAGCUUCAUUACGGUUUGAAAAAUAUAGCUGCUUCGAGAUUGCGGGACACUCUCGCUGGGAAAUAAAAUGCAACAGUUCGGUUUCGCCACUGGGGAUACCUCAUCCCGAGAAGGGCAUAAAAGUUUCGUUUUCGUUGAUGAACAUAAUAGGCAUAAACGUCUUAAGGUGACAAGAGCCUGCAGUGGCUGUCGUAAACGAAAAAUCAAGUGUGAUUCGGCAACAAGCAAUAUAUGGCCCUGUGCUGCAUGUACUAGAUUGAAGCUCGUCUGCAUUCCGCCAAAUUGGAAUGCUCAGCAUGAAAAUUCUUUAUAUGGACAGGACUUUGAUCCGCUGCGAUCAUUAAUUCAACCGAGCAAUUUUGACAACUUACCGCAGCCGGCUUCCACCACCCAAAAUAGCUACAAUUUAGGCCAAUUCCAGUUCGAAUUCUGUUGUCAGAAUUUGGAUGAAGUGCAGUCCGUUAGCAACAGUACCACUCGGAUACCACAACCGCAGCCACAGCCGUACUUGGGCCAUUCCGAGAAUCAAAUUCAAUUUCUAACAGACGAUGGCUCAGCUAAAAACAGCCCAUUGCAGCAACCGUUCAGUUACAUCCAACCAUCUACUUACACUAAUGACUAUCCUCCACUUAAUACUGAGAUCGUUCAACCUGCUACUACUUCUGUUACUGCUACCCUAUCUACCCCAUCACCGUCCGUUUGCUCCGUAUCUUCGAGCCCUAUAUCCUCACGGAAAUUUGAACCUGCACCAUUGAAGAAGUGCAAAGAGCUUACAGUUAAAUGUUUGCCGAGUAUAUUUGGGCCGUUGAAAAUAGACGAGAAUGGAAUUGGUGAGUCUCGCGACCAUUUUUCCCCUACACUGGUAGAACAUUCAGUUAACCUAUUCCAUUUAGCACCGUAUAUCAGCCAACAAACAAGAGUUGAGAGCCUACCUACGCCUACAUCUCCAUGCAAAGAGGACGAUGCUUUUCUGUCAACUUAUGCUGAGCCAAGUGGUUCCAUUGCUAUACCACCGGAGCUGAUGCCCUGUGAAGAGGAAGCCAAUAGCUAUUUUGAGCUAUUUUUUGAUAAAAUCCAUCCUUAUAUUCCUGUGAUUCACCGGAGUGAUUUCUAUCGGCAAUGGCGAUCCGAUAAGACCGCUAUAUCCCCAUUGCUUCUUGAGGCAAUAUUUGCCUGUGCCGCAAUGGUAUCCGAAAAUCACACAAAGGGCGUUCGGUGGCUCAAUUUGGCAAACAAACAUAAGCCGGCCUUUUUGGAGGCGCCUCGGCUUAGCACAAUCCAGGCGCUUCUGCUGCUUCUAAAAGCCCGUGAAUUUGCACCCAAAAACGGAUUUUAUUACCGAUCAUGGCAAUUAGUGAAAACAAUGGUCUCAAUGGCUAAGGACCUUGGGCUUCAUGAGCAUUAUAGUAAUCACACUGGCGACAAAUCCUGUGGUAUCGAUUCAGCGGAAUGCCUUAUCAAGACAAGAGUUUGGCAGACGCUGCUCAUUGCGGAAGUUUUGAUUGGUGCACCCCAAGGAUUGAACGAUUUCGGUGUAGACACCGAAACAGUGGAAACCCGCACCGCCUGGAAUGUUUCCGGCUUGGAUGCUUACGAAACGGAAAGGUCGCGACUGUAUGCUUAUUUUGUACGAGUUGCAUUGAGCAUAAGGCGUUUCAUUGGUACCUAUAAACAAACGAGCAAGCAAGAUGAUUGGAUUACAGAUCCUCGCUUCACCGUAAAUAGUGGUUUGCUUGAUGAGUGGGCUACCAACUUGCCUGAAGAUCUGCAGAUUGUUUUCCCGUCAGGCAGUACUUCCCCUUGGCUUUCAUCCCAUUACAUGGGCAACUUGAACCUACACUUUCAUCUUUCAGUUAUAUUACAGUACCGUCCGCAACUUGCAACCUCGGCGCGCGAUACGUCUAACAUGUGGAAAUCGCACAUGUCUAGGUGCUAUUCUUCAGCGAAAGCUAUUUACCAUAUCCAAGACGCAAUUAUAUCGUCCUGUGGGCUGAGCGGCCUGGGAUACAUGCAAAGAGGUAUCCAUUUAACAGUGUACUGCAUUUUGACAUGCCUCACGGUACACUUGACAGCUCUCGCCUCUUCGGAUGUAGACUUUGCUUCCGAUGCAAGUUUGUAUUUCUCGCGCCAUAUGCGUCUCCUUGAGCGGUGUAGCCAGAAGUGGUCUCUGCCAGAUAUCCACGCGCAACUUGACUCUAUCAGAGCUACGCUAUCUGCGGAUCCAACCAAGCCAUUUGAGCUUGCAUCGUCGUUCGUGCUUCCAGCGGCCACCAAGCAACCGGAUCCAACGCAAAAGGCCAAGUCUUUACAUAGGGAUGGAGGGGGAAUCGCCCAUAGGCAAGAUAGAAAACACACGGGGAAUGUUACUCUUGCGAUGCCUUCCCCGAUCCAAGUCCCGGACAAAAUAGAACAGGUACCGACUACGCCACCUCCAAUGGUGUUUGAAGCGUUGUCAAGUGACACGGCCAUGGAUCCGUCGCUCAACGUUUACAUGGACGGUAUCGGUAGCUGGGACCCAACCCGUCUUGUCACGCAAUGGGACUUAGAACUUUCUCCUAACGAAAGUUUGAGCCCAACAUCAUCUCUGGCAUCAAUAGUAAUACCUAAUCACCACAAUAUUGACUACUGCUUCCCUACCCAGCUUGUUUCGUCCUCUCCUGCUUCUCCUUUUCAAAAGGAGUUACCAUAUUACACAUAUGAUUUCGACCACCCUUUUAUGUCCAUGUCUGCUCAAGAGUGGAACAAGGAAUUUGCUCAUGUUUACACCCCGCAGGGACUAAAACGAAAAUGGGAGGGAACAGAUACUUUUUUAGAAGAGUCAUACGCGGCAAGAAACAUGUGAAGUGGAUGCGCAGGUCGCCCUCCUCUCACCUGGCACUUGAUGAAUGACUUCAUUACAUUUAUAUGGAUUAAUGAUGGGUGAAUAUCCAUAUCCAGGAUUAAUGUGUUAGGGGUAAACUCUAAUUUUCCUAUCUCUAUUCAUUUUGAUUGUUUUCCCUAGUUUUCGGUGUUGAGCAUCCUAGUUUAUAGCUGUACUCUGUUCAGUUCAGCCUCUUUUCAUCUCCUUGACCAUAUUUUCUGGUUUUGAGGUAUGAAUUAGAAUCUAAGACACCAUUGUUGGGUGGCAUCCGCUAUAUCCAAAUGUGUACAAUAAUAGUCGACGUCUGAGAUUUGGGGUACGGGAUACCAUUGGCUUAGCUGGUCUAGCAUAUACCAUCGUAAAGGAAUAGU